UAGAGUAGGCUCACGCCUGUAAGAGUUGUAAGCGUCGAGCUAUCGUUGUCGUCUAUAAUGGACAAUAUUUAUACAACAGCAUAUUAUAGCAAACAGUUUUUGUGAUUAAUUGGUCCCAAGAAAUAUUAACCGAUACUGAAUUGGAUAUACGUUCUAUGCUAUAAUAUGUACAUAUUAUAAUUUGAUACUUAUUCUUAUUAAACUCGAGAUAAGAAAUAUAUUUAUUUUAGUUUUGAUACGUGUCAAUUGAAUGAUAAGGAGUACUUCAUAGCACAUUUUACAAAUAUAGUGUGAAUUAUUAUCUUCAUACGGUGUCCGUCACAAGCAAGAAUCUUAUUAUGACCGAGGUUGCUGUAGUGACGGGUUCCAAUAAGGGACUCGGGUUUGCUCUAGUAAAAAAACUUUGUGAGAAGUACCAUGGAAUUGUAUACUUGACAUCGAGAGAUUCAAAACGAGGUUUGGAGGCGUGUAAAAAAUUAAAAGAAAUAAAUUUAUCACCUCAAUUUUACGAACUUGAUAUUACUGAUCAUAAAAGUAUUACAAAAUUCAUUGCGUAUAUUAAAGGCAAGCAUGGUAAAAUUGAUAUUUUAAUUAACAAUGCUGGAGUAUUAUUCCUUAAAGAUGCCCCAGAACCAAAGCAGUUUCAAGCUGAACAGACACUUCUAGUGAACUUUUAUUCUUUGGUAAAUUUCACUGAAGCCAUGUUACCGUUAAUAAAAGACAACGGAACUAUUUUGAAUAUAUCCAGUUCUUCUGGACACUUGUCAAGGAUACCGUCAAAUUGUAUUAGGCAACAAAUAAGUGCUCCAGACUUGACUUUACAAAACCUAAAAGAUUUAAUGCAAGAAUAUAUUGAAUGUGUAAAAACCAACACCGAGAAUGAAGUGUGGGGUUCUUCUCCAUAUGUAGUUUCAAAAGUAGCUGUUAACGCAUACACCUUUAUGUUAAACAAAGCAUUAAAGUCGAAAGGUAUUCGGGUAAACUGUGUACAUCCUGGAUACGUCAUCUCUGACAUGACGCACGGGGCAGGCUCUGUGACUCCUGAUGAGGGUGCUGUGGUGCCUAUGCAACUGGCUUUGAAUCCAGAAAAUGGUGGUCUAUAUGUCUGGCAUGAUGGGACUAUAGUUCCAUGGGACGGACCAGAUCCACGAGGAUAUAUUGAUAACAUUAAUUGUUAACAUACUAUUAGGCAACAUAUUUUAUAUUAUUGACUAAAUAUUAUAUUCCACCGUAUAAGGUAUAUAUAGUCAAUAUAACCGUUGAUAUAUAAUAAAUCGUUAAACCUCGUUAUGUUGAAGAAAGACGUCUGUAAGACGAAAAAAAUAGCUAUUCCCUUGCGCUGAAAACUGAAAUACGCGGACUCGAUUUAUUUAGCCUUUGUAACUCAAAAUGUUAUUUCUCUACGAAGUAUAGAUAACACAUUUAUACUCGAAUUUCAAAUAGGAGACUCCGUAAGUAAAGUAUGAUGGAUGACCUGUUAUUUGGAAUUACCCGAAAUAAUAGCAUUAAAAUCCAAAAUGAAUGUUCCAGUUGGGGGUUUCUAAACUAUUGUUUUUGUCUUGUACACAUCAAGGAAUACAUACAUAAUAGUUUAGUAACCCAGCUUUUUAUUUUUCGUGUACAGUUUAGUUCAUUAAUAAAUAAUUCGUUUUAAUAUGUAAAAAUAUAUGUACAACAAAAUUUAAUUUGAAUUGUUAUUCAAAUUCAACUCUUGAGAUCGAAAAAUACACUUGGACAUGGCAAAAAAAAUCAUAGGUAUCUUGUUUUUUUCUUGUAUUUCCUUGACAUUUCAGUUAUAAAUUCCACUGUAGCGAUUUAUUUUCCCUAUUCCUCAUAAAGUAUUUCGGGUGGGGGGAUUUGGGUUAAAACGUUACGAUGCGCGGAGGGGAUUGAAUUAUGCGUUACUGUUAAUAUUAUUUUCGACUUUACGCGCGUUGUUGCGCGUUACAGGGGGGGGGGGAUCUCUAAAUUCGUUACGAAAUAGUUGAACUCUCCCUAAUACAUUUUCUCGUAAGACGCGUUUUUGAUUGCAUCCUUGUGAAAUCGUCUUACGUCAUAUGUUAUUCUAUUUUAUGUAUAUCUUUUUGACUUUCGGUCCCCAAUUGACAUAGAAUAUAAUGAAUGUUUAAUUGUAAUAAAAAUACUUUCACAUUC